CGCUCUGUGAGUGACAGCUGCUUGACACAGCCUGAGCUUUCAGUUUUGUGCCGCUCAACGAUGGGUUCAAUCCUGGUGAAAUGUGCGAUGAUCGAUUUGACCAUUCAAUGGGUUCUCUGGGCUGCAGCGAGCAUUCUGCAAACCGAGAAGUUUUAUGACUUGGCUGGGUCAGGGACAUUCAUCUUCUUGACUCACCUGAGUUACAGGUGGAAUGGCACCAGCUACCACCGACAGAAAAUACAGAGCACCUUGGUAACCGUGUGGGGCUUGAGGUAUUUGGAUCUUUGUAACACUUCUUCCUACACUAAUUCUAAACACUCGGGGAAAGGACAGGCCUUUGUGUGUCCGAGAUUAUACUGGAUGGAUAAUCUGGGUUUUGGGCUUUGUUACAGAAACAAUUGCAGACCAGCAGAAGUGGAAUUUCAAAAGUCAUCCUGAUAAUGUUGGCAAAUUCAUUCAGACUGGACUCUGGGCUUAUAGUCGCCAUCCAAACUACUUGGGAGAAAUACUUCAAUGGACUGGCCUGUUCAUCUCAGCUUCUUCAGUUAUGAAGGGAGUGGACUAUUUCAGUGUGC